AGAAUGGUGUGUCUUUUAAAUUUAUAAAUAAUUCAAAAAAAUGAAAAGAAAAAUUAGUAUAUGUUUUCAAUAUUAAAUCGAUGAUAUAACUCGAAUAUGGAAGGCACCUCUUCUACUGCUGAACUAGAAAUAUUUGAAUCAGAGAAAUGGGUAAUAACAAAAAAUGAAAAUGGGGCUGUUAAAGUAGCUAAUUGUGAGGAAGAGGAAACUCGAAUAUAUGACAAAACAAGAGAAUGGAUAGUUACUGAAGAUGAAAACGAUCCAGAAAAUGAUCCAAAAUAUGAACACACUCCAAUGACAUCUAAGAAUAUUGGAAGAUUUUUUAUCUGUGAUUUAUUUACUGCUGAUAAAGUUGAAAAUGGUUUUGUUUGUAAAGAUAUGACCUUUUCACAAGUACUUCUGUGUGGUAAUGUAGUCCAUAGAUAUGAAUAUUCCCAACAUUACUUUAUAGAUGUUGAUGAUGGAACCAGCGUCAUCAGAUGUAUUAUUUCAGUAAAUACUUUAAAUAAUUUAAAAAAAUUGGAUAGUGAUUUAGAGGCCUGUAAUGAAUGGUUGCUAAGAAAAACAACAAAUAAGAGCUCUUGGGUAAAAGGAGCGCAAAUCACCAUGUCCUCAAUUAAUUAUUUACAGAAAACUGUUCCGGCUUUUAAUGAAAUAGAGUUGGGAGAUACGAUUAAAAUAUUUGGACGUUUAAAAGAAAAUUCUUACGGUAGAAAUGUAUUCAUUCAGAAAAUAUGGAUCGAACAGAACAAUCCCUUAGUUUUUAACAAGUAUUUGGAAGAAAUGAUCAAUGUAUAUGAAAAUCAGUACAGUAUUCGAUUUAACAAUCGUUUGGAUUAAGAAACCAAAUCGAAUUGUGAUAGAAGACAUGUGAUAGUAACAUUAUUGAAUUUUUUAUAUUAUCUAUACUAAUAAGAAAUAUUUUCUUACUAGAAAAUCAAAUUGCGUUUAAUAGGUGAAGAAUGAACGAUCUUUUAGUUCAUCCAGAGAAUAAUUUCAAAGAGUUCUUUUUAUACAUUUUGUUUCCACUGAUUUUUCUAUAAUUUUUAUUCUUUACUUUAUAUAAAGCCACUUUUUUAUAAGACACGAAUCGUUUUAUAAUAAAAUAAUUCUAUUGAAAUAGAGAGGUGAGGCAAGAAUGAUCACUGGAUGUUGUAAUUCCAAAAUUGGCAGUGGUACUGAAGAAGACAAUAUAGGGACUUAUGGUCCCGGCACAAGAAAUAACAGGGAAGAUAGGCUCAUACAAUUUUGUGUAGAGAAUAAAUAACCUUUUAAUAUAACAACGUUUUUAAAUAACAUUCCAGACAGAAAAGUGUAGUUCGAAAUAUAUAAAAUUCAUAAAAAUCCACACUGGUGCAGAUAGUUUAUAGUGAUCACAAUCUAGUUAUUUCAGACUCAAAAUAUUUCUAAAAGUCCAAAGAGAAAAUGUGACAAAAAAUAGACAUUGCGCAUCCAAAAAAAACCAAAGAAGGAAAGAGAAGUCUCAAGGUCGAGAAAUAAAUAGAAACGACUGCGAACCCAGUACGAAAUGAAGACAUUAAAGAAAGGAAGACCGAAGAAGAGAUCGUAUUCACGAAAAUUAUAGGAAGAAAGAAUGUUCGAGGAGGGAAUGUUACGUGUUUGAAAUUUAGCAGUGAUCUUCCGCCAGGAGGCCAAUAACAAAGCAGUUAAUAAGACUGUUUGUUAUUGGCCCGUCAGAGUGACAAUCUGCGACAAUCUGCACCUUAUAUCACCAUAUCGUGGAUUUAAUAUUUAAAAAAAUGGUAAUCUUAAUCUUAAUUAUUGAGGGUGCUUUAACGAUCCAUCAACGCGAGGAAUCCAACAUAAUGUGGUCCAGGCCGACGUGCUUGUGUCUAACAUCAAGUCAUCCAUCUAAUCAAGCCAUCGUCCAUUACUUCUUCGACGGAGGAAGGGUAGAUAGUAAUAAAACAAUAGUUGUCGUAGACAACCAUAACUCAGCAAAGGAGUCUGUCUGCUCGAGACUACAAGCCCGUGAAGAGAAAUGAAAAUGGUGUAGCCUUGGCUACAAACGAGCAGAGCCCCAAAAGGUGUCCUCCAGGGCGUAAAGUUCUAUGCUGUAGGGUGCCUUGACAAGCAGUGGGCACGCUCUGGUUUGAGACUAAAGAGAGCGAUUGUCUGGAGGUGUCGCAUAUUUAUUCUGUUUCGAAAACGAUGGUAUAUGGACACUUUCAGUACAAUCGCCAAUAGAAAUUAUUAACAUUGUCGAGAGCUAACAACCAAAUUCAGAAAAAUGAGUCUUUUCUUAAGGCAACAAGCCCAUGAAGAGUUGAGCCCCAGAAGGGAACCCCCAGGGUAAGGAAAUCCUAUAUUGGGGGAGCCUGGCCAGGCAGAAGUUUCGUGGAGCACUGAAUAUCUCUCAUAUUUGUGUUAAUAUAUCAAUAUAUGGGCACUUUCAAGGUAAUGCGAAGAAAAGCUCAGACGCUUUGGACGACAAAUACUUAGAAAUAUUUUCGGACCUCACCAUGAGCUCACCACAAACCUGUAUAAGAUCAGAACCAAUAUCGAAUUAAAAGCACUCUACAUUGACGCCGAUAUUGUCCAAGAAAUUAAAUCACAUCGACUAAGAUAGGCAGGCCACGUGCACAGACUGCAUAACGAGAGACUUGUAAAACUGGUAUGGGAGGAGAUUUCCACAGGCAAAAGACCACUUGGACGUCUCAGAAUGCGAUGAAGAGAUAACGUCCAAGCAGAUCUCCGGAAAAUGAACAUUCCAUUUGACCGUAGCUUGAUGGAAGACCGAACAAAUUGGAACAAAGUUGUACAGUCAGCCAAAACCCACCCAGGGUUGUAGCGCUACGUGAUGAUGAUGAUUUCUUGUGCGGCUUGAAUCCAGUUAUUGCUUACACGCUUCAGGUCGUCAGUCAAUAAAAUAAACUUAAUUUACAAUUAAAAAAUACACAUUUAUUUUUUCCGAAAACUAUAGGGAUAUACAUUAUAAUAAGUUUUUUCUUAACUGUUUAAUGUUACUAUUAAUUUUUUAUAAUUUUUUCAAUAU